CUACAUAUAAGGAAGUGGUGAUAUCGUUUCCACCUCAUUUUGCCGCGAAGGAUGGCGCGUACAACGAUCUUGUUAGCGCUCCUGGUGUGCCUUGUUAAUAGAUCGAUACAAAGGUCGCUCCCAACGGAUGACAGCUAUGUCGCAGCCGUCGUCGAGUUCCAAGUGACGAGCAACGCCACAGCAGCCAUGGAGAACUACCUCCGGCUCAUCAGCGAGGCGGCUGAACAGAAUGCCGACAUUGUAGUGUUCCCAGAAAUGACGUUGACGAGGGCAGGGUACUUCACUGUCCCCAUCAACUCCACCUUGAAGGAAUACCCCACACCUGCUUUGAACCCGGAAUUAUACGACGAUGGAAUGGUAUCCAUAUCUCGUGCAGCCCGUGAGAAUCAGAUCUACGUUGUGGUGAACGUGCAGGAGCGGAUGGACUGUGCUGACGCCCCUGGCGAAUACUGCCCGGAGCAGAAGGUGUAUCUGUUCAACACUAACGUCGUGUUUGAUAGGACCGGCACUGUCAUUGACAGGUACCGCAAGAUCAACCUAUUCGGUGAAGUGACGCGCACGCCGUCCCUGGACAAUUACUUGGGAGUGUUUGACACAGACUUCGGCGUGAGGUUCGGCCACUUCAUCUGCUUCGACCUGAUGUUCCAGAUCCCGGCUGUCCAGCUCGUGGAGAAGAAUAGGCUAACCGACGUCGUGUUUACCACUAUGUGGUUCUCAGAGCUACCUUACUUGACUGCUGUCCAGAUCCAAGAGGCGUACGCGUACAGAUUAGGCGUCAACUUUUUAGCAGCAGGAGCUAACAAUGUGCGCGUAGGCAGUGCAGGCUCAGGAAUCUACUCUGGGAAGGCGGGAGCGUUGGUCAGCACCAUGCCAGGGGUACCAACCACUAGACUUAUGGUCGCCAGGGUCCCUAAAGUUCCCGGAGAGGUGACCGGGUCGUACCCGGGCCCGAUCUACGACGCGCCCACGGACCACGACUCGCUGUUCCUCAUCACGGAUCCCUCGUUCCCCUCCCACGUCAGUCGCGAGCUCACCGACGGCAGGCAAGAGUUCACCAUCACCGACGAGGAUGUCACUUGCAAGUUCUCCGUCACGCUGAGGCAGACUGAGGCUGAAGUGCGAUACAAGUACCGAGCGGCAGCGUUCUCCGGCGUGCGCACGUUCUCCGGCAUCGCAACCGGCGGAACCAGGCUCUGUUCCAUCGUCGCCUGCGCAGGAGACACCAUUGACACUUGUGGAACGAGGUUCCCAACAUACUUGGACGAUGCGACAUCAACCUUUGAAGAACUGUCGAUCAUCGCGACAUUUCCAACUCCCGUACUGAACACCACUUUAACAGCCCAGGAUUCAGAAUUCUUCCCCAUCUCCCUUAACGUGGCCAUCAUGCCUUUAGAACCCCAAGAUACUACAUUUACGGAAGAAAUUCAAGGUCCAAACACAGUUUUUACGUACACUCUUGAGAAUCAUGACGUGAAGUUGUACACUUUUUCUGUUUGGGGCAGAGUCUACGGUUGGGAUGGUUAUGAUGAGAGUCCUCCAGUGGGAGACAUAGAUUGGGACGUGCAGCCAUCACCAGGCGAUGGUGAGCCGGAUUCUUCAUCCGUACAUCUGUUGUAUAAAAUGCUCUUGUUGCCUACUCUGGCUUUGAUGCGCUUUGUCAAUUAGGAAAUCUGUGGUGAGGGAGUGCUCGUAAACUUUCAUUUCUUUAGUUUUUUGUAAAUCCUUCUACAUUUUUAUUCAAACAUAGUCUGUUUUCUUAUUUCUAUAAAAAAAAAAUUCGGUGGCAAUUAAAGCCAGUCCGCUAUUUUUGUGCUUUCGUAAAUUACAAAAAUCAUAUAUAUUUGACAAAAAAAAUUAUUAUUACGACACUGACUAUGAAGAAAUCUAAAGUCUUAGGAAAGGAUUUAGUUGGUAACAAACAUAUCCACUGUCAUAUUGUAAUGUUAGAACAUAUAAAUCCAUGUCUAUUGAAAUGAACUUUAAAAUAAACUUAUUUUCCACUUCA